AGUUAGGGAUUGCAUUAAAUUUGCCAACAUGAAUUAGAUGGGCAGAUGACUUAAUGAUAAUUACUCACUCUAAAACUUUACUCUCUCUUUGAAUUCAAUUGUUUGAUUCUUCAGCUCAUGCUACAUGGUCUACUAUAUAAACACCUUAUUGGCUGAUAGAGUUUCCUCAUCAUCACAUACACAAAACACAAAGAUCGAUCGACAUGGCUUCCAAGUCACUCUUUCUUGUUGCCUUACUUGUCGGCUCUUUUGCUUUCACUUCAUUUGCCAGUGUCGCUAACAGGAAGCUAAAGAGUGGUCUCGAGGACCAAAAGACGUUCUUCCACCAUCCAGGCGGUGGUCUUGGUGGAGGCGGUGGUCUUGGUGGAGGAGGCGGUCUUGGUGGAGGUGGUGGCCUUGGUGGAGGAGGCGGUCUUGGUGGGGGAGGCGGUCUUGGUGGAGGUGGCGGCCUUGGUGGAGGAGGCGGUCUUGGCGGAGGAGCUGGAGGCGGUGGCGGUUUAGGAGGAGGAGCUGGUGGUGGAGCUGGAGGAGGAUUUGGUGGAGGAGCUGGAGGAGGUGGUGGUCUUGGUGGGGGUGGUGGUGCCGGUGGAGGAUUUGGCGGUGGUGCUGGUGGUGGUUCAGGCGGUGGUGUAGGUGGAGGGUUUGGAGGAGGAGCUGGUGCUGGGGGUGGACUCGGAGGAGGAGGUGGAGCUGGUGGUGGUGGUGGGUUUGGAGGAGGAGGAGGAAGUGGUAUCGGUGGUGGAUUCGGUGGUGGAGCCGGUGCUGGAGAUGGUUUCGGUGGUGGACAUCAUUGAUGAGAGCUAUAAGAACUUGACGUUAAGGCAUGGAAUGCAAUAAAGUGAUUCGGUCCAUGAUUUUGUGUCAUUAUCGGGUUUUGAAGAAAUAAAUGAAUGAAUUAAAAAAUAAUCGAGCUAUA